UUUUGCACGCCUAGUCACAGUGUAGGGAAAGGUAGCCCUAAUUCCAGGUGCAGGAUCAGUCAUUUUGCCAUUCUCAAAAGUCCGCUGAUCAAGGCAGGAGGCGACCGCCAUGGUCUGCGUGGCGUGCUUGUACCCCCUUGUUAUCCCUUUCGCGAUCAUGUUUCCGAGAAUCUUCAUUGGACUGUGGAACUUUAUCCAGCACUUUUUUGCCUCCUUGUUUGGUUAUGACCUGCCGGCAGCUGAGACAGAGGUUCAAGACCACGGGCGCGUGGAAGAAAUCCGAUCAAAGUUUGAGUGGGACAGCAAACUUAGAAGUGCUGGGACAACGCCGGUGGUCGUCGACUUCACAGCAUCUUGGUGCGGGCCCUGUAAAACAAUAGCACCGACGUAUUACGCGCUCUCUUCCAAGUACGAGCAUGUCAAGUUUUUGAAAGUGGAUGUUGACAAAGUGCCGGAGGUGGCAGAAGAAGCGGGGGUGCGCUCUAUGCCCACAUUUCACAUCUACAAAGGGGGUAAGAAGGUUGAUGGAAUGGUGGGGGCAAUGAAGUUUCAACUAGAAGCAAUGGUCAAGCGGUGUGCAUAUUAGUACAGGGAGUCGAGUACGGCAUGUUGGUUUGACCUGCUUACCUGCAUACAGAAGGGCUUUUGUGCCCCUAUAGAAAACGGGUGGAGCGUGAAUUACAUUGCUUUGGAUUGAUUCGUCAGUUGUAGAUUGCGCAAAGGCCUUGUCACUCAAGAUCAAGCCUGAUUGCGCACUGUGAUAUGCAUAACUUUCGCAGCAAGAUACUUUGUAAAUGCUCGAUGUCCUGAUCCCUUCAAGGGAGUGUGUCCCAACUUGCAUUGAGUUGUACGUACAAGUAGGCUCGAGUGGUGGGCUUGGGACCGCGGUCGUAAUCAAGUAUAGGCAGUCAAGGUGAUCACGAAGCGGGUGAGAGUGAACGUCUCUACUAAUGCCUUGCAGGCUUGUUGACUCAUCAGGAAUUUGCGUGUUGCAACAUUACAAAUUUAUCAUGAUUAAUGUGUGCCCCUAAACUUCAUUUAGAGGCAUUCAAAU